AUGGACGAACUAUUCAAUCAAAAGAUAAAAGAUUCAAAGGAAUACUUCGAACUAUCGCUACAUUUGAAAACAGUCAUGAGUGUCUUUGAUCAAGUAAAAGAAAUAGUUGUUGCAAAAAUCGGCGCAUCACCUGAUACGGUUGAGGCGGACACACGUUUAAAUGAAGAUCUUGGUCUCGACGAUCUCGAUACCGUGGAACUUAUUUUCGCCAUUGAACAAAAUUUUCAAAUCGAAAUUACUGAUGAAGAAACUCAAAAAUUCCGCACUGUUGGAGACAUUGUCGACUGUGUUGUGGCGAAAGCUAAGAAAUGA